AUGUCUUCGGCAGUCAUCGAAGAGUCACAACGGCAGCUUUCCAGCGGAAUGUCCGCCUGCGAUUGUUCAAACUGCCGCCCUGCCGAGGCCGAGGCGCUGUGGCUGGCGCAGCCCGCCAUGACCCAAGACAAUUUCGACAAAGCCCUCGUCAUGAGUGAAAGCGAGCUCAACGUGUUGGUACAAGGCCUUGCCGUUGUCCCAGCAGCGCCUCCUUCAGCGGAUAUACGCCCAGUCGCCAGCGUCUGUGGGACAGAUGAUCCGAUUCUGGACUCACCGAUGCUGGAAUCUCUGGUUACCCGACUGGAGCGCGCGUUUCACUCUUUUUUCUACCUCAAGUACCCGGAAUCUUCAGAACUAAGUCCUGACGACUUCUUUGGACGCGACCUGGCAUGGGAUAUCGCGAAGAAUAUAGACAUCAUAACCCAGCCAAGUGACUUCGAGCUAGUACUGGCCAGUGAGGCGAUACCUGCUCAAUUUGACCAUCUCUUUGUGGCUUUCUGUCAGUGGAAGAACGACCUGCGGACCGGACCCACGUUUGACGAAGCCAAGAGCCGAAGAGCGUCUGUGACUCGUGGCCACACCAAUCACAAGGUACCCCAGUCUUGCGAGGGGGCUCUUUUGCUCAAGGCCAGGGCAGAACAAGCGAAGAAGGCGUUGAAAGUCUCACGAGAUCAAGCCAAAGAAGCCGACACAUUGGCCAAAGAGGUAGCCAGGCAACGUCGUUCUCAGGCCAAAAUCACCGCCGACGCACGAAGUUUGUCUUCAAACACCUAUGGGUGUAACAAACAAUGCUUAUAUAGGAUUGCUUUCCCCGAAAAUUGGGCAUCUCCAACGUUUCAAUCAUCCAUCGGAACUUCGUCAUUAACCCAAGAAGACAAUACAUCUUCAGCACCCCAUCAAAAACGGGAAGAUCGACCCGCGGCUUUGUCUGCCAAGGUCAGCUUGAUCAUGUUACGCAUGCCCGUUUGCCAAACGUUGGUGACCUGCGGUGGCGGCCGGGCACGGUUUGCAGGCGUUUGGGCCAAAGCCUCUGCAGCAUAG